ACUGUACACGCGCCAUGUCAGACUCAGAGGCGACGAUUGUUUUAGUAAACAAGUAAUGCUUUAAGAAGCUUUGUUGCUAUCACUUUGUUCCCUCUAAACCUCUAGUCGAAUCCCGUCUCUCUCCUGAAGGUCUCCCUGCCUUUCCCUCCAGUCAGUGCAAGUGCCUGCCUCUCAAAAAAAGGCAGAGAUGCUGCGGCUUUUUGAUGCUCACGCAAGAAGUCGAGCAUAAGCGUAAAACCGACAUGAGAUAUGUCGCUAAAUAUGUCUGGAUUAUAAGGGAAAUGACCUGAGCUGUGAAGAAGACGAUAAUGAUGAUGGAGAGAAUCGGGGCGAUGAGGCUUUACCUCAUGAAAUGGAUUUGUCUGCGCUGGGUUUGGGUUUGUCUGGCUGCUUGUGGCGGUAAAUUGGAGUUACAUACUGAGAGGAGAGGAGUGAUCUACAGCCCAUCCUGGCCCCUCAACUACCCGCCUGGAGUGAAUUGCAGCUGGAACAUACAGGGAAACCGCGGAGAUGUGAUCACAAUCAGUUUCCACAGCUUUGAUAUAGAGGACACAAGGGACUGCAGGGGUGACUGGCUGUUGCUCGGCCCCACAUGGAAAGCAGAGUAUCGGUUCUGUGGCUCUGCUCUUCCUCCUCCCUUCAUCUCCUCCAGUGGACGAGUCUGGGUCUACUUCCACUCUCAUGCCAACAGUUCUGGACAGGCACAGGGCUUCAGACUGUCCUACAUACGAGGCCGGUUGGGUCAGAGCAGCUGUGAGAAUGAUGAGUAUUUAUGUGGAAACGGUAAGUGUGUUCCACAUUCUUGGCGCUGUAACGGAUUGGAUGAGUGUGGAGACAAAACUGAUGAAAGAAGCUGUGCCCCCCCACCCACACCUGCCCAAGCAAGUCUGUGUCCACCAGGAACCUUGCAGUGCUCGGAUAUCCAGUCCACCCACUGCCUACCGGUGUUUCUGCAAUGUGAUGGGGCCCGGGACUGCCCCGACGGAUCAGAUGAGGCUCACUGCCCAGACACUUCCUGCGGAAAACACUUUGUCAACUUCUAUGGAACAUUUGCAUCGCCUGACUUUUUCCGUCCAAACAGGAGCGGGGGCACAGAUCUUCACUGCACAUGGUUCCUAGACACACAAGAUCCAAAGCCGUUGGUGUUGCAGGUGGACCUACAGCUGGGUGUGGGAGACUCUGUGCGAGUUUACGAUGGUCUGGGAGAGCAUGCAGAACGUCUUCUGCAGAGUCUCUCUCACCAUAACAACCACAGACGAGCCAUGCUGGAGUCUUCCCAGGGACAGAUGAGUGUAUUCUACCACGCUAAACCAUACAGCCCUGGACACGGCUUCAAUGCCACCUACCAGGUUAAGGGAUAUUGCUUUCCAGGUGAGCAUCCCUGCGGCACAGAUGAGGGCUGUUACUCUGACCUCCAGCAUUGUGAUGGCUACUGGCACUGUCCUGGGGGACGUGAUGAGGAGGACUGCCCACUGUGCCAACCGGGCGAGUAUCCCUGCGAGGGUGGCAGUGGGUUGUGUUACCCGGCCUCUGAAAGGUGUAACAACCAGAAGAAGUGCCCAGAAGGCUCCGAUGAGAAGAACUGCUUCGACUGUCAGCCCGGAAACUUCCACUGUGGAACCAACCUGUGCAUCUUUGAGACGUGGCGGUGCGAUGGGCAGGAGGACUGUCUCGAUGGCAGUGAUGAAAGAGACUGUCUGGCCUCUGUACCCAGGAAAGUGAUCACAGCAGCUCUGAUUGGCAGCUUGGUCUGUGGCCUGCUGCUGGUCAUUGCACUGGGAUGUGCCUUUAAACUCUACUCGCUCAGGACAAGAGAGUACAGAGCCUUUGAAACCCAGAUGACUCGACUAGAGGCGGAGUUUGUUCAGAGAGAGGCUCCACCCUCUUAUGGUCAACUGAUAGCACAAGGACUCAUACCUCCAGUUGAUGACUUCCCAGCGUACAAUCCCACACAGGCAUCUGUUCUGCAGAAUCUCCGUUCAGCUAUGCGGAGACAGAUUCGCCGUCAUUCAACUCGUCGUUCCUCAUCACGCCGGCGACUUGGAUGCCUCUGGAGCCGUCUGUUCCAUCGUGGUUCUCGGUUACAUGGUCAGAUCCCUCUCCUCACACCUCCUAGCCAUACACACACAAACACACACACUGUUCUGGGCCUACACAUCUACAACACAACGGAUGGUGGUGCAGAGGAGGCUCUGGAGGGUGUGGGGCAGACUACUUCCCCUUGUUCCACAGCAGCUCUGGGCUUAGCCCUGCAGGCUCACACUGAGGCCCUCUGCUUAACUGACAGAGAGUCUCCUCCCUCCCCUCUCUCUCCCUCAUCCCCUGCCUCGCCCCACUCCACCUCUGACACCCUGGAGGAUGAAGAUGUUGAAGAUGAUGAUGAUGAUGACAGAAGUUCAGAACUGUCUGGGACGAGAAUGAGAUCCAAAUGCAGCUCUCAAGGCCCUUCCCCUAAACAUAAAGACAUAGAUAGUCCACCUGAAACUCCUGAUGUCCCUAAACACAUCUCAAACAGGUCCAGAGCCUCCAGAAGGCUGGUGCAGGACCUGGCAGCAGAGCUCAGAGGAGUCUCCCUCUUACGCUACACCUCUGUGGGUAUCUCGCCUCUUUCUUCUCCUGAGUCACCAACAUCCUCCAGUGGUCAUUCUGAGGAGCAGAGAAGCCUUCCUACACCCAGACAUCCACAGACAGAUACACACACAGACUCGAGUCCCAGACACACCCCCAUAGGGGACACCAGGAAAUCGUCGGGAACAGAAGAUACGCCCGGUGAAUGUGUCAGGCUUUGCAGACUCACAAGUAGCGAGGAAGAGGAUGAUGAGACUCUGUUUGUGCACUGAGAAGCCUUUUAUUUCCCUCCCUGUUUUGAUUUUGUGCCAUCACACUGGGCCUUAUCAGGUUCAAUGAACAGCCUUCCAUCCAGAGUUUCAAAACUUUUAGGUGCAGAAUACUGUAUUUGAUUCUUAUGGUCUGUUGUAGUAGUGGACCUCUGCUGAGGUACAUGUUUGUUGUCAUAUUUGAAAAGAUAAUCUCAUAGUUCGGCUCUUGAAUUCAGUAAUAAAUUAUGAUCAAAAACCUUAAAGGGAUAAUUCACCCAAAAAUGAAAAUUCUCUCAUUUACUCACCCUCUUGCCAUCCCAGACGUGUAUGACUUUCUUUCUUCUGCAGAACCCAAAUUAUGAUUUUUAGAAGAAUAUUUCUGCUUUUGUAGCUCCAUACAAUGCAACUGAAAGGGUGCCAAAAUCUUGAUGCUCCAAAAAGCACAAAGACAUCCUAAAGGUAGUCAAUAAGACUCCAGUGUUUUAAUCCAUAUUUUCAGAAGUGAUAUGAUAGGUGUGGGUAAUAAACAGAUAAAUAUUUAAGUCCUUUUUUUACUUGAAAUUCUUCUCCCUGCCCAGUAGGUAUGUGAAUCACCAAAAACACAAGAAGAAUGUGAAAGUGAUCUGUUUCUCACCCACACCUAUCAUAUCGCUUCUGAAGAUAUUGAUUUAACUACUGGAGUUUGAUGGAUUAUGUUUAUGCUGACUUAUGUGAUUUCUGGAGCUUCAAAGGCCUGAUCACCAUUCACUUGCAUUCUAUGGACCUACAUAGCUGAAAUAUUCUUCUAAAAAUCUUCAUUUGAGUUCAGCAGAUGAAAGAAAGUCAUACACGUCUGGGAUGGCAUGAGGGUGAGUAAAUGAUGAGAGAAUUUUCAUUUUUGGGUGAAUUAUCCCUUAAAUGAGUGUGGCUAUAAUGAUUAUUUAUGUUGUACAAGGACUGAGCAUAAAUACUUUUCCAUGUGGAAUAUUAUUAUAACAGAGAACAUGUGUCUCUGCCUCUAACAUUUUCUUAUGGAUAUAGACUAACAGAGCUCUCCUCUCACCUCCUCAACGCCUUAUAAGAGAUUCACCAUGUCGCCUAUUGAGUGUAAUACUUUUCAUUUGUAUCAGAACACUUUUCAUAAUCAGCCAGUUGUCUCAGAAUUACAGUAUGUUACACACUCGGACUGUGAAUGUUUGAAUGUUGGUUGGUUAACUUGGUUACUCUGUACAUUAUCGACAUUAUUGGACUUUAAGGCCUCUUAAAAUAUAUUAGUUUUUACCCUGUCAAAAAUGACUGCUGGAGCUGUUUACUUAUUCAUGUUUUUUGGCAGUCUGGUUCCAGAAUAUUAUAUCAUGGCAGGUCCACCAUAGACAUGAAUCAAUGUUAAGCUUUUUCGCCAUGCGAAAGACAGUCAGUCUUUUCUUAAGGGAAGUAGAACUCAGGGAAUGUAUAAGGGUUUAUGAGAGAGAACCAGUUAACUUGGACUUGCUUGUUAACAACCAUAGUAUAGGUGUACUCAGAGUUGUGAAGUCAUCAGGAUUUUCUAAAGUUACAAAAUAGUGUGGAAAUGACUAAAUAUCUAAAUAGAGUUAUUACUGUGUCAUUAUCAAAUGUAUGAGUUGAUGUCUUUGGUUUUCAUAUCGGCUAAGUUACAUUUAUAAUUUCAUUUAAAUGAAUGUUUAUGGACUUGUUUGCCAUUAAGGUUAUGUUGCUCACUUUUCCAUGAAUGUAUGUCUUCUGUGUUUUGGAAUAUACAAUGUAAUGUGCCACAUAAGUCAUACUUGCUGCUUUAGGACAUUCCGUUCUGGUCCUGGCUUGGAAAUCAGUACCAAUACAAUUUAAAAGCUUUCAUCUCAAUCUGCCUGCUGGCCGAGUGUCUCCAUCCACAAUUCUCAGAAUGCAGGAUCUCUUUUCUGAUCGCAUAUGUUCAAGAAUGUGCCAUUUCAGUGGUGUACAGAGUUAAUUGAAUUGCAGGAAGAGUUUUAAUACAAUGUGAGGGAUUUAGAUUCAAUGUGCUAUUUAUAGAGAAAUCAUGCACUUUCUUUCCUUUCAUGUUUUUGACAGUAGGCUCAAUUGAAAUAUCUAAAGAUAAACUUACAGCAAAGUAUGAGUUACUUACAGCAUCCGUUCAAAUAGUCUGGUUGUGAGAUAUUUUCUUUUAUUCCCUGCUGAAAAGACCAGCUUAACCAGCAUGCAAUUCCCAUGCUGGUCUCGACUGGUUUAUGUCAAGUCAACCUUUAUUUAUAGAGCACAUUUAAAAACAACCCAAAGUGCUUUACAGAUCAAACAAACAAAAUGACUGGGUGAUAUAAAAAACCUGCAAAAAAAAGUUUAUGCCGGUUAGUGCUGGUUUGGUGCUGGUCUUGUUGGAACACAACAUAUGCUGGUGACCAGCUAUGCAUUUAUUUUUUUUCAGCAGGGUUGGGUGUCAGUUUUGUUCAUUUCAAUCUAAUCUUUCUGCAAUGCCCCUCCCUCAUGCUGUUUCUGAGUCUUUCUGCAUGAAUGAAGCACUUAAAAACUUGAUGCACGUUUGUAUUUUGCAACCUAUUUGUCUCUGAUCCUAUUAGGGUCAAACCUCUAUGCUCAAGUCAUAAUGGUUUCUUAUCAAACUUGUAUUUAACUAAUGAAAUAGUCAUGUGAUUCAGUGGAAUGUCACAAACUGGUUGAAUGUCUCACUUUUAAGAAAUCCAGCAAGUGAUGAGAUUUUUCUUGAAGGAUUGUAGUUUUCAAGCUUAUAAUACUUUAUCUGAUACUUUUACUUGAGCAUUUUAUACUUUUACAAUACUAGAUCUGGUAUUGAUGGCCAAGAAAGACUCAAACUGCAUUCGAUAUUUUAAAAUCAGUGUACUUUUAUGUUUUGACUGAAUAAAAUGACAACAUGAACAAA